AUGUCUCCAUAUGAUCAAUGUUCAACUAAUAUUGAUUGCGGAUGUCUUCCUUUAACAAUAUCUAAUGAUAGUGGUCUUUGUGGUUUUCUUCGGAUUAAAUGUUCUCAUUUAAAACCAUGUGAAAUGCCAGAUGAUUACUGUAAAAAUCUUGAUCAUGUAUGUGUUCAUUAUCCUCGAUGUCAUUAUGUUUCUGUUUGUUAUCCACUAUCAAUGAUCGAUCAACGAAUCUGUCCACCAAAAAUAACUUCACCGUUAUCACCAAAACCUAAAGGUAACAUUUGUUCAACAGCAACAUGGGCUCAACAUGGUAUCACAAUAAUUGGUGGCACCAGUUACGAAGGUCCAUCUGUCGAUCUUGAUUUUCCUCAAGGAAUGUUUAUCGAUGAAAAUCAAACAAUUUAUAUAGCAGAUACUGGCAAUCAUCGAGUUAUUAAAUGGAAACAAGAUGCUUCAAGUGUUGAAAUAAUAACAGAUGGGAAUGAUAAAGAAAAUAUUAAUACAUGUGGAUCGAGUAAGCCGUUUGAUGUCGUUGUUGAUAAAAAUGGAACAAUUUACAUUGCUUACCUAACAAUUAAUCAAGUUCAAAAAUGGAUUCGAGGUGCUGACAGAGGUGAAACAAUGAUUAAUAUACAUAGUCCACUUAGUAUAGCAAUAGAUAAUGAAGAAUCAAUUUAUGUAUCUUCUAUGUCUUCAUCAAAACUGAAGAAAUAUCGUAAAGGUGUAACCUAUGGUCAAGUACUCAUGUCUGGUGAAGUAGGACCUUUCCCAUUGACUGUUGAUCGACAUAGAUCUGUUUAUAUGGUUGAUAUGUACCAUGAUCGAAUAUUAAAGAUAGACGAAGGAAAAAGAACUAUCUCGGUUGUAGUCGAUGGAUCAGAACAUAGUGGUACACAUCGAUUAUCAAAACCACACUCAAUUGCUGUUGACGAGUCAGGUGCUCUCUAUAUCACUGAGUGGGGCAAUCAUCGAAUUACACGAUGGCUACCAGGAUCAACAAAUGGCAUUGUGAUUGUUGGUGAUCGUGGUUCAGGUUCCCAUUCGAAUCAACUUCACAAUCCCACUGACUUAGGAUUUGAUAGUGAGGGAAAUCUUUAUGUUGUCGAUGGUAAGAAUGGAAGAAUACAAAAAUUUCUUAUUGAUAACAGUUCCUGUCAAUAA